AUGUCCACACUGACAGAGCAUAACAAACACUUGUCCUCACUGACAGAGCAUGACACUCACAUGUCCACACUGACAGAGCAUGACACUCACAUGUCCACACUGACAGAACAUGACACUCACAUGUCCACACUGACAGAGCAUGACACUCACAUGUCCACACUGACAGAGCAUGACACUCACAUGUCUACACUGACAGAGCAUGACACUCACAUGUCCGCACUGAUAGAACAUGACACUCACAUGUCCACACUGACAGAGCAUGACACUCACAUGUCCACACUGACAGAGCAUGACACUCACAUGUCUACACUGACAGAGCAUGACACUCACAUGUCCACACUGACAGAGCAUGACACUCACAUGUCCACACUGACAGAGCAUGACACUCACAUGUCUACACUGACAGAGCAUGACACUCACAUGUCCGCACUGACAGAACAUGACACUCACAUGUCCACACUGACAGAGCAUGACACUCACAUGUCCACACUGACAGAGCAUGACACUCACAUGUCUACACUGACAGAGCAUGACACUCACAUGUCCACACUGACAGAACAUGACACUCACAUGUCCGCACUGAUAGAACAUGACACUCACAUGUCCACACUGACAGAACAUGACACUCACAUGUACACACUGAUAGAGCAUGACACUGACAUGUACACACUGACAGAACAUGACACUCACAUGUCCACAGACAGAACAUGA